UCUUAUUCGACGCCACGCAGUUUCUGAGUGGACCGCGGCACCCGUUGCGUUUCUCUCUCCGUGGGCAGAAUGUGUCCUGGAGGAGUUUUGGAUGCGUCUCUGAACAUCCACAGGUAGUCACACAGGCUGCUUUCGCCAAUGCAUUUUUCUCGCAGAAGCAUAUAAUCGAUUUGGAGAUGAUCCUCCUGCUUUUGUCUAUUAUAUCUAAUGCAUUGAGUCGGAUACUUGCAUGCACAUUUUUGUAAAACACCUUGGACUGUGCAGUACCCAUACAGAACCGAAACGAUGCUUGCUUGUAAACCUCUGCAUUAAGUUUUCGAAAAAUCAAAAACGCUUGGAUUUCAUUGCAAGUUUGGAAGUGAAGGCAAGAGCGGGAUACAAUGGCAAGCGAUCUGAAGCCUCGGUUGUGUGUGAUGAAGAAAGGAGAGAACGGCUACGGGUUUCAUCUGCACGGAGAGAAAGGGAAAACCGGACAGUACAUACGGAAAGUGGAGCGCGCGUCCCCGGCAGAGGCGUCGGGACUGCGCGCGGGUGACCGUUUGGUGGAGGUGAACGGCGAGAACGUGGAGAGAGAGACACACCAUCAGGUGGUGCAGCGGAUCAAAGCCGUGGAACAUGAGACCAGACUGCUGGUGAUUGAUCGAGAGACUGACGAGUACUUCCGCAGCCUGCGUCUCUCCUGCACGGAAGAUAUGGCCAUCCGGAUGAGUCCUGCAGCCACGACCCCGUCUCCCUCACCGUCCACCAGUAAACAGGGCAACGGCUCGGUGUCCAAACGACUUGAGAUCUCCAAACCCAUCAGGAAACCUCCGUCACGAGCUCCUAAGAAGGAGGCUCAGCCCUCAUCACGGGAUCCAUCUGAGCUGCUGCCGAGGCUGUGUCACCUGGUGCGCUCCGAGAUGGGUUACGGCUUUAAUCUCCACAGCGAGAGGUCCAGACCGGGUCAGUACAUACGGGCUCUGGACCCCGGCUCGCCUGCUGACCGCGCUGGGCUCAAACCACAGGACAGACUCAUAGAGGUGAAUGGCGUGAACAUUGAAAGCAUGAGACAUGCUGAGGUUGUGGCCUUCAUCAAGAACGGCGGGAAUGAGACGCGUCUGCUCGUGGUGGAUCCGGAUACAGACGAGCAUUUCAAAAAGAUGGGCAUCACUCCCACCAGCAUCCAUGUCAAAGAUUUUGACGAGUCCUUAACUAACGGCUCCUCCAGCCCACACGUGAACGGGACGUCCUCUCGAUCCACAUACUCCGAUGGCAGCAGUCAGGACACCAACACACAGUUCUCGAGGGAGGGCAGCAGCCAUCUUCUCGACCCGUUUGAAGAAAUAGGUCUGUGUCUGAGUCCCACGGCAGCCGAGGCUAAAGAGAAAGCCCACGCCAAGCGCUCCAGAAAGAAGGCGCCCCAGAUGGACUGGAACAAGAAGCAUGAGAUUUUUAGCAAUUUCUGAAUGUCCUUCCCAGAGACAUGUGUUGCAUUCAAAGCCCUGGACACCCGACUGCUUUUGAUGAAAAAGAGGCACCUAUUUUUGUAGAAAAUGAAGACUUGAAACACAAAAAGUUGAAAAACCCACCCAGAGGGGAUGAUGUGAGUUACGCGACCAGAUUUCUAUCUCAUAAAUGGCUAAGAAAGUCUAGAAUUGAUGGUCAAGCUGCUCGUAAAAGAAGGUUUUCUGCAUCAUUUUGUGUUCUUGCUGUUUAUUCGGGCCACUUCAGUAUAGCACGUUUACAAUAACGUACAACAUGGAAUACAAACGCCAAAUGAGAUUCUUAUACAGAACAGCAUAUAGACCGUGCUUUUGCAGAACAAAAUCAUGUUAUUGGAUUUAAAAGGACCAAAGCUCAUUUCUGCGAGUCAUCGGAAGAAUAAGAAUUAUUCUUUUGCCAAAGAAAACAACCUCUACUCAACCUGAUCAGCUGAUGAGUUUCGAUUGUUUUGAAGGGAGGCAUCACUGUUGGAUAUCAGGUUUCUUGCAAUUACUGAAAUUUUAAAAGGGAAGAAAACACCGGAGUGACCCAGAAAGGGGAAUCUGCACUUCUUCAUCACUAGAGGACGCUGUUUAUGCACUCUUGGGCUUCAUUUAUGAAAGAAGAAGGAGUCCAGGAGAACAUGUUGAACCACCAGAGGGAGCUUCAUAACACAUGCUGCUUUCUUACAGCUGGGUCGACUGCAAGAGAAGAGAAACUUCUGCAUCG